AUGAUCAAGAAAAAACCAUAAAUCCCUUAAAUUAAGGACUCAGAGAUUAUUGAUAAAAAUCAAUCCAAAAAAUAAAUCAAAACUAUACCAUAUUCACAUAGUCAAUCCAUUUAAGAAGAGGAAGAACAUUCUUCUUUGUCAUAGAUAAACAUUUAUGGUCACUCAAAGCCUACUUUUUUAAUGACUUUUCCUCAAUAACCAAGAGAUUUUUAAGGUAGCGAAGACUUAAGAGCUCCUACUAUUAUAACUAAUUUGAUUUCCAAUAAAAGUCAAGAGCAACUUGCAAUUAAAUAAGAUUGUAGAAAAUAACAUUAAGUUCAUUAUUUAGAUGAAAGUUCCUAAUUUUCUUCUCAAUUAAAUUCAGUAUAUUUUAUAGAUAGUUUAUUUCUAGAUGCGUUCAAUUUUGGAAAAUAAAAAAUCUAUGUAAAUCAAUUAGGAUAGGGUAAAAUUAUUGGUUAAUCAUAUGAAAGUUAAAUUUUUGAAUUUAAUACACUAUUCAAAAUAUAAUGAUCCCAUUCUUACAUAAGAAUAUAAAGAACGUAAUACUGAAUUUUUACUCUAUAAUAGUUUCACCUAUUAAGUACAAUUACUUCACUAUGUAUAUAUUUUUAUCGACUACCUUAUCAAAUAUGCUCUCAUGUAUUUUUAUUCCAAUUGCUUAAUUUUUUGAUGUUUCUUUAAUCAUUUACAUAAUUUCUUAAAUGGCUUAUGGAUUAGCAUCUUUAACUAUUUUCCAAGAUUUAUUUUUUCAAAGAGGUCCUUAUAAAUUAUAAAGAGGAAUCAUAAAAGUCAAUUACAAGGAUAAUACCAAAAGAGUAUUUGAUGUAUUAAGACUUCUCUUAUUAUCUAUAAGCAGUCUAUUUGAAAUAGAUAGCAAAAUUAAAAUAGUAGCAAUCUUAUUGAUGAUGAUAUUUUAAUUCUUAAGAUAAGUUGAAAGUUUUGAAAAUAUCUAUAAGUCCACUCAUCAUUUUAUUUUUAUUUUAUAACUAUGGAUAUCAAUCAUAAUUUCAUUUGCUUGUAUUUAUUAAGGUAUAUUUAUAAAAUAAUAAGAGUUUCUCAUUGUGAGGAGGAUCCAAGUCUCUACUUUUGUAUCACUUUUGCUAUUUCUCUAUUGACUCAUUGUUCUAAUAUAUGUAAAACCUACAUAAUAAUAUUUUAGCCAUUGAAAUUACUACUUAAAAUUCAUUAGUAAUUUCUAUUUACAUGAUAUUAUCAUAUCUUUGUUUAGCAUAUACAACAAUGAUCAUAUAUAUUUGGAUAAAACCAGAAAUAGAGAUUGAAGAAGAGAAACAAAAAUUACUGAAAGGAUUUGUUGAAAGAUUUAGGGAGAAAUGUGAAAAUGAUGGACUUUUAAGAAGAUGUUAUUCUUAUUUAGAAUUUAGAAUAGAUGUAUAUAAAAUCUUAAAUAUUAUAGGAAGAUUUAAAUAAAACUAAAGAUCAAUUAACAAAGAAAUUGAGUCCUGAAUUAGAGGAUGAGAUUGAUUUGUCUAUAAGAUCGACUAUGAUUGAUAAAAUUGAAUUGAUGAAUAGAUUCUCUCCUUAAUUCAAAUAAUAAUUACUUUAUGAAAUUGAAUAAGUGACAUUUAAUCCAGAAGACAAUAUCAUAAUUGUACAAUUAAUAAGUAUUCUAAGGAACAUCAAAUAGAGGAUUUAGGAUUGUUUUAUAUUUUGAAAGGAUAAGUAAAGGUUUAGUUUUAAGGUUCUUCAUUUGGUACGAAUAAAAGAGCAGUAACAACUUUAUGUGAAGGAUAAACUUUUGGAUAAUAUUCUUUUAUAACAGGAAUUCCUUCAAAUAUAAGUAUUUUUAGUUCUGGAGUAACUACAUUAAUGAAAAUAAAGAGAUCUGAUUUCACUUCAAUAAUAUCAAAUUAUCCAAAAGAUAACGAAAUAUUUUGUACAAUGAAAGAUAAUGCAUUUUAUAAUUCAAAAUUAUUUGAAUGUUAUUAUUGUAAAAUUAGAGGACAUUAUGUAGUAGAAUGUAGACAUUUAUAAUAUUUUCCUUAAAGAUUAAAUGCAAUUGAAAAACAUUUAUAUACAGAAAAAUAACAAAGAAAAAAAUUUUCAAGGAAAUUAAAAAAAUAUUUUGCUUGGCAAGAUAUGAAUUUAAAUUAAGAUAAAGCUAGAUAAUAUGCUAAUAAGUAGAGUUAAGAAUAAGUAUCAGAUGAUUUACCUGAAACUUCACAAUUACCUUAUUCUGAAAGUAAAAUUGUACAAAUAAACUAGAUUAAACACAUUAAUCAGUGAGUUUUGUAAGUAAUUCUUUGGCAUAGAAAAAUUAUAGUCCUGAUUAAUAUCAAUCAGCUAGCAAUGUAAAUGUUGAAAGUUUAGAUCAAUUUAAUAUCGAAUAAGAAUAUUAAGAUGAAUAAACUAUACCGAUUUAAGAACCAUAAAUAAAAAGUAUUAGAAAGAAUUCAAAUAAAACAACCUUAAAAACAGCAGGAUUCCCUAUCAAUUUUGAUCCUAAUAACAUAACAAAUUUAGGAAAUAAUUUAUCAAUUAUAGAAAAAGAUGAUAGAGAUAUCUUAAAUUAAUUAUAAGAGGCUUAAAUGAAUAAAGAUAGAACUAUUUUAUUUCCUGCUGGAAGAAACAAUAGUUAAAAUAAAUUAACAUUUCAAUAUUAUAAAGAACCUUCUUCAGGAAUCAUGCUGAAAGAAGAUCCAAUUAAAACUGAUUCUUAUCAAUAAUAAUAAUAAUAAUAAUAAUAAUAAUAACAAUUAACUCAUAAUACUUUAAAAUAAUCUAUUAGACAACCUUCAAAUAGAUCUUAUACAUAUUCUAAUUCGUUGUCUAAAGAUAUAUCUAAUAAUCCUUCAUCAAAUUCUAGAUAAAAUAAAUCAUAAAAAUUAUCUAUUUUAUCAAGUCAAAACAGAGUUGUAGAUUAGACAGGCAUUAAAAAAAUGAAUAGUUCUAAAUCUCUUAGUGAAUAAAAUAAAUUAAAUAAUAAUAAGAGUUUAAAAUCAGGUACUAAAUAGAGUACUCCGAAUUAAAUGUCCUAGUUUUAAGCCUUAACAACUCCAGAGGUAAUAUUAAUUUUUAGAAUAGAACCAAGGCUACUUUAUAAAUGAUAUUUUAUUCAAUAAAUUCGAAAAAAUGCAGGAGUACAAAAUUUAUUAUCCACACAACAAUUAUAAUUAAGUUAUAGAUCGAUAUGUCAAAUUUUUAGAUUCAAACAGAAAAAAUUAUUUUAAAAGAAAAAGAUUAAAUAAUGGUACUCCUUAUUCGAUAAAAUGUUUUGUUGCAUCCAAAAUUAAAAGAGUAAAAAAGCUAUUAUAAAACUGA